AAAUGUUUACAAAACAAACCCGAUCCACAGCAUCACAAUUUCCCGCUCAAAAGUGCUUGUCUGCGUGUUUCGUUUCUGUUUCUGUCCGGCUGCACGAUGUCCGCGAAUAAAUUCUUUUUUGUGUUUAAAGAUUCCCUGAUCGAAAGCGAUGACGCCAGCAUGAGCAUCGUGUCCCUGCGCAAUCCUGCGACAAGAAACGCAACCAAGUAUCUAUUCCGGCGCAGCUCGAAGAAGGCGUGCAGUCUGUACGAAGUGAACUGCUUCAACGAGCAGCAUCGCUCCUGGUUUAUCAACGAAUCGGUUUGCUCGAACGGCAAAAUCUUCUUACCCACACCGAUCGAUCCGCUGUUUCUCGUGCUGCCCUAUUUGGUGGAGCAUUGUAGCGAACGGGCGGUGCCGUUGGAUCAAAUCCUGAUAGACGAUAAGUUCCCAUGCACCUCACAGCUUGCUGAGGUGCUGCCAGCGGAUCGUUUAAGCUUGAUAGCGGAUGAAAAGCGUGCCGGUUCGAUACUGGCAUUGAAGUACAACGAAACGAAAGCACUGGAAUGGCUUGUCAGUAAGUGCCAUCGGUUGAGCAAAGUGAUCGGUACGGAGGAAGGUCCAACGGCACGAUCACUGAACUACAUCAAGGAAGAGAAGGAAAACGAGAAGGAUGAGGAUGAGACGGGCACACUGCAUACGGCACUCGGAAUCGUGAGUGAUUAUCUUUCGCUCGAGUUCGGACGGAAACUUUCGGUGGCGCUGGGAUUCCCCGAGGAUGAAAACAUCUCGAAGAAGCGCAAAUCCGUGGUCGAUCUGGAAUCGGCCGUGGUGAAGCGGAUUAAAAAGGAGGAAAAUCACGAUACAACCCCCAUAAAGCUACCGGCGGCUGAAAAGAAGGUCUCUGCCAAGGCGAAAGCGCUAGCGAAGGCGGCGAGUGGGUCGAAGAGUAUUUCUAGCUUCUUUAAAAAAUAAAAUCUCCCCUUCGUGUGUUAGGUGUGUUACGUUAAAA